AUGUACCAAGGCUCCAAAGCAUCUGAAGGCAGCAGUGAGUCGUGGGAUCAUCCAGGCAGAGAAGGCACUGGUGUGGAGCCAGAGCUGGGUCGUGGUGUGCACACCGAGGGGUUGGCAGGAGCAGGUGGAGCAGGUGACCCUAAAGAUGGAUCAUCUCCUCUGUGUACCUCGUUCAAAGAAGAUUCCAGUGGGCAGGAGAGAGAUGAGGACCGUGAUAUUGAUGAAACUUCCCAGCAGGAUUUGCUUUCCCAUGUGUCACCAGGACCUGAGAAGGGUUUAUGUCCAGCAACAGCCAAGGAGACCCUUAGAGAAUAUGAUGAAGAAAGUAAGUCCAAAGAUGUCCUCAGGGACACUUCAAAAGAGGCACUUCUUCUUGAAACUGAGUCACAUAAAGCAGGAGAGGACCAAGAGGAGAAGAGACAGCCAGUGGAGAGUGAGGGAGGUACAGACUCCCCAGCAGAGCCUUCCGAAACCAUCUCCCCAAAAGAAGCUGAGCCCAGGGAGGGAGAAGAUUCUGGACCCUUGCUAGAAACAGCCAAACUCCCUGCUGAGUUAAAAGGUGAUAUGGAAGACAAAGAGGCUUCUCCAGAAGAGGUUGUGCCAGACACAGGAGAGUGUCUGACCCCCAGGAAGAAGCCCAGUGCCCACACUGCAGAUAAAACCAGUCGUGUCCCUCUCCUCAAAGGUCGUGUUGACAAGGAAGGGACUGAAGGAGACGAAAAGAAACCCAAGGGCCCGGGAGGUGCCAAGACGGGCACGGCGCGCGCAGGGCAGGCGCAGAGGAACUCCACCAACGCCACGCGCAUCCCGGCAAAGACCCCCACGACCCCCAAGACCCCUCCCAGCUCCG